CACAACUGUUGCAGGACAGAGGGGGCUCCCUGCAGGGCAGUAAUAACACUUCAACCUGGAUUUACCACCAGCCCUGUGCUUUAGAUAGCUUAUUUUAUAUUUUCUUUACAAUAUCCACUCAACAAAAAUGACAGCAAGUAUCGUUUCUCCUUUCUUCGACUACUACGAAAUUAACAAGGUAAUGAAUGUUUAUUGCUUGCUUCGAGCCGAGGGCUAGCUAAUUUCUAGCUAGUUAACUUGGUUAGUUUAGCAUAGUUCAUGAAUUUUUUCGGGAUUGUUCAGCAAACGUCAGCGAGUACUAUAUGCACGUUUUGGAUUGUAGGUGACAAACUGAUGACAAAGAAUAAUGUGUUUACUGUCCGUUAACAAUUCAGUACUUUGUAAUAAUUAGCUAGUUGACCAGGCAACGUACUGCUUCUGUCACGUUGUUGUUUUUUUUUCUGGUCUGGGUCUAGCUUCGAGUAGUUAGCGUCGUGAAUUUAUAAUCUAUUUUAAAUGUUAGUUUAUUAUUAUUUAGUAGCUAGCAAAGUGAUCGCAAAAAUGAUUAUUUGAAAAUGCAGCACGUAGCCAUCUAACUAUGGGUUCACAUCGCAUGGCAUGCCAGCUAUUUGGUUGAGAAGGAGGAACAGGCGGAUUCAACCCUAGCUGUUACUAGUUUUCUUGCAACCAUUUACGCGUUGUGUGUGCAAGCUGUGCUGUCUCCCACACAAUACGAAUUGUAAACAGUUGUGCCUAAGUUUUGAAAACAUUGGCUGCAAAGGUUACAUGUCAGCAUUUGAAUACUGUGUUUAUCUAUAAAGCUAUGACUUUUGAAGUAGAUUACACGAUGUUUACUGGUUAUCGUUAUACUCGAUUGUCUUCUCUUAGCUAUCUAUGUAACAGGCAUUGGUGCUUAUCACUAGGCAGAACAUACCAGUUUUGCUGAUUUCUGGUAUAUCAUCAAAAUAAAUCAAUCACAGCACGUUUUUGGACACACAUCAGCAGUUAUUACCUGAUUUAAGUACAAUUAAUGUUGAAAGUUCAUUUUAUAUUAACUUAAAUGAUGCUCUCUGCUUCCUGUUGACGAGACAUUUUGAUAAAUAGCCCAAUGUCAAAACAGUUUUAAAGUGUCCAACUCAAUAACCAAUAUGCAGAAAAAGUAAACAUAGUAUAUUUUAUGUUUAUCUACACAUACAUGUGCAACAACAGUAAUAAUAUAAUUUGUAUUUUUUUAAACGAGCACCUUAAACUGCACAUGCACCAAAAGCCCGAACUAUUUUUCCAUCACUGGUUAGAGACAACCUGCAGAACAGUGAGCUACAUUUUGGAAUGUUGCAUUUUGAUACAAACCUUACCUAAAAAGAAACGCAACACUGUUUUGUCAAUACUCAUCUCGAUUAUCAUGUUAAAAUCAAUUGCGCGAGAGGGUGGAGAUGAGGUUUCACGUCCUGUUAAAACUAACACAGCUCAAAAAGCCACUCGUAAUCUGGGAAUAAUGUGUACAUCACUUGUUGUUAAUCACUUCCAUCGAUAUUAUGCUGAAAUCAAUAGAACAGGGUCACACGUUUGGGGUGUAGCCUCUUUAAACUAACACUUCAAAGGCCACACGGAAACUUGGAAUAACCUAUACAUGGUUGGUUAGAUGAGAACUUUUGGAAUGUCAGAUGUUGAUUUCGGGAGGCUGCCAUCAUGGAAAAGGGAACAAACCACUUUUUCUGUUAACUUCAACGAAUUACUAAACUGGAUAGGAUAUCAACUGUGACAACGGUUGGCUGCUUUUUAAGUGAUAGUUUGACUGUCUAAUCAGUGUUAGUGUGUGUGUGUGUGGCCAGCGACCUUUAGAGACCUCCUGAUUUUUUUUGUGCCAUUUCAGAGUUAGAAAAUGUAACUCCACGUUCUAAGUCCUGCACACCCCAGAGCAUGUCACAAAACCAAAGAUAUCGAUCUGUUUUAAGCAAUUGAUCUUAUGUCAUGAGGACUAAACUUUUAUACUAACACAACCAAUCUGUAGGCUUGGGCGGUAUUCAGAUUGUCAUACCUUCAUACUGACCUUGUGCCAUACCAGGAUAUUUGGUAAUACUGGCAAUUAACACAAGGGGCGCUAUUGUAAUUCGAAGGUUAGCGAUGCGUAACCAGUACAUGUAAAUUCCCAUAGAUAAUGCUAACGAGUGCAUUGCAAACAUUUUAUAUUCUUUGACCUAAAGUAUUUGCAGGACAGACAUCCCAACUCAAAGUUAUACAAGUAACUCAAAAAUGCUACACAGUUUACUGCACGCACAAAACAAAUAUUAGACAGCAAGGCUCUUGAUCCAGGAGGGGAUUCUCUGCUGUUACCAAGCGAAAAUUGAUUUUGGAAGAAGCUAACCACUUAUCAAGAUGGCUAACUAGCUACUAAAUUAGCAAACCAAAUGCAGAGCAUUUAGCACAUUUUAGACAGUUAACUUAAUAGUUAUUUAUAUAUAUAUAUAUAUAUAGCUGGUAAACAUUUAGUUGUGAAUUCCAUACUGUAACUAGAUCACCUAGAUCACCUGGCUGCACAACAGUGAGUGACUCACAAAGCCCCAGUCUCUUGUUGUUUUGUGCUUGUAAACAAACACCACCUGACUGGGGACUACCGGUAAGCUUUAUAAUGAAAAAUUGUGACUGGUGAAAUGAACGCAUUCUUCUAUCUCCUGAUGUAUUGCACAAGUUGACUGCAGGUAUUUACUUAAAAAGUGUGUAUAUAUAUAUAUCAAAAACCAUCCAGCGGCUAUUUUCAAAUACCCCGGUAUACUGCACAAACCUACCAAUCAGAGGUAAAAAGGAUGUGUAAUUCCACAAAAUUUGAUGGGGUGAAAAUGCAAGGUUGUUUAAGGUAGUAAAACAAACUGUGCUAAUUUCCCCUAAUGUGGACAAUCUAAAAUAAUUUAAUAUGGCAAAAUAAUUCAACAUGUCAAUUUAAGAUGAUAGUAUAUGUUUCCCACUCAAACUCUUGCAACAAUUACAUAUUUUGUCACUCAUUUAACCAUUUAGAGAGUGAAAGCAUUUUUUAAAACACAAUUUAUCUGGCCGCUUUAGACUAGAGCCUCUAUAGCAUCGGUGCAGCAGCCUGAACAUUUGAGGUCCCUACUGUCACGUGCACAUGCUAUGGCCAUAAUUGUUUGGCAGUGCUUUUUAUUUGAUUGACAGCUAGUUAGAGUAAACGGAUUGCGCAAUUUUCUUUACCUUGUGACUUUGGAGACCAUUAUUUCUAUAGUGCAGUUGAACUAGCAAGUAAAAUGAAUAUUCUGGAUCUGCUUUUGUAAUGGGUCUGAAUUGUAACCUCAAUCCAUGCACGACUAGCUCCAAACUUUUUUUGAGAAUUGAGAAGGGGUAUUUAUUUUCCUUUCAGUACUGAUUGACAUUGAUUGACACUUUUAUUAAGCGUGACUGUGUUAUUUUCUUUGCAGAACAAUAAGAUGUUUAACUACAACAACAACACUUUCGGUGGGCCCCACUCCACGUCUGUCCCAGUCUGCACUGGUGCCAACAACCCCCCCACUGGUUCCCUGCUGGACAGGAAGGUGGUGGGGGUCCCCUCUGCAGGGGGCAGUGGGCUGUUCCAGCGCCGCCACUCGGUCACCCUCCCCAACGCCAAAUUCAACCAGAACCAGUUCAUCAACAGUCUCAAGGCAGACCCCUCCUCGCUCCUGAGUGGUGGUGGUGGCAGUAACAACAAGGAGAACCGCUUCCGGGACCGCUCCUUCUCCGAGACCGGGGAUCGCCUCAAGCCGGGCAGCCAGCUCCAGUGCCUUGGCGGCGGGCAGAGCCAGGGCCAGCAGCAGCAGCAGGUCAACUCCAGCCGCUACAAGACGGAGCUGUGCCGGCCCUUCGAGGAGAACGGCACCUGCAAGUACGGCGACAAGUGCCAGUUUGCCCACGGCAUGCACGAGCUGCGUAGCCUGAGCCGCCACCCCAAGUAUAAGACGGAGCUGUGCCGCACAUUCCACACCAUUGGCUUCUGCCCCUACGGCCCUCGCUGCCACUUCAUCCACAACGCCGAGGAGCGCCGCGGCCCGCCACCACCCUUCUCCAGUUUCAACAAGAUGGAGCGCCCCCGCCUCCAGCACAGCUUCAGCUUCGCCGGCUUCCCCAGCCAGGGCGGUCUACAGGACAGCCCCACCUCGGUCACCCCGCCGCCCAUCUUCACCACAGAGGACCUGAGCGAGUGGCCCAGCAACCCCUUCACCUACUCCAGCCAGGAGUUGGUCAAUCUGUUUGGCCCCAGCCUAGUAGGGGGGCCCCCUGUCUUGGAGCCCAACCUGCUGGCUCCGGCGCCCCCCUCCCCCCCUCCCCCCUGCUUCUUCCGGCCCAUGUCGGAGUCUCCCCCCAGUCCCCCGGACUCUCUCUCCGACCAGGAGGGCUACCAGAGCAGCCUGGGCAGUCAGAGUGGCUCCGACUCCCCCAGCCUGGACGCCUCACGCCGCCUGCCCAUCUUCAGCAGGCUCUCCAUCUCUGAUGAUUAGAGAGCCUACACCCCCACCCAGUGCCUUGGAUGGAUGGAGUGAGAGUGAAAGUGAGUGCCUGCCUCCCCCACGGUCCUGUCCCCCUCCCUCGUCUCCUGGCCUUGUUUACAACCCAGAAGUGGACAUGGUUCUGUUUAGCAGUGUUGUAGCCACUGAGUCCAAUCAGAAUGCUCAGAAAGUGGCUUGCCUCAGCUGCAGAGGAACCUCAGCUCCCCUAUCCCCCACUCACUGAACCCCCCCCUCCCUCAUCUCAAAUUACUUCAAUUAGCCAACAGAGGUGUGUUUUUGUUUUACCCAAACAAUCAUUCAGCCAAGUGGUCACUCAAGAAUCGUGAGUAGCAAGUUGGCCCUGGGUGAUGUGCUACAAUAACGGUGAACAGUAGAAAUCAGAGGGGAUGGAUAAGGACAUGUCUGUGGGAAGUUUCAGUGUGUCCCAUGCAGGAUUCCCCUGUCGUUUUGUGUGUAGCAGUGCUGCAUAUCUUCACAUUGCCAUUGCUCCCUGUGCCACAGCUAUCUUCAAACCUCCCAUACUUUUACGCCUCGAGAGGACUUGUGACAAAUCCGUGCUCCAUUUAAAAAGGGUAAUCUUUCUCUUCAAAUUAAAGCAGCAAAAAAUUAUUGGACUAUCAGUUCCAAUGAAGUGCCUUGGUGUUGUCCGAUCAAUGUGUGCCAAGAAAUGUGUGGGACUACAAUUGUUACUUUUUCCACGUCUAAUGAUUGCAAAAAAAAAUAUGUUCCUCUUUUUUAAUUUUAUUAUGAGGACUGGACAAACACACAGGUGAUGGUUUUUGUUUAGAAUCAGGGCUGGAAUAAUUGUUAUAAUUUUUAUUUUGGUGCUACUAAGAACCCUUAUAAAAUGUCUACUGGUCUUGUUUGGUUUCUCUAGUUAUGUGGAAGGAGUAGGACCGUUCAUCAGUGUAAACUCUGGUCAUUAAAUAUUUGAGCUUGGCCUAUAUUCCUUCUCCCAGUCCCCCCC